AGAACCUAUUGAGCUCAUCAAAUCAACACACUCAAAGCUUCAAUUGAAACUCAUAGGCUUUCAAGGCUUAAUUGUACUAAAAAUUAGGAUCCAAAUGGGGAUCCUCUCUCUUUUCCAAGGGGCCAUUCUGGCCUUCUGGCUCUGCCUUUUAGCUGUGAGCUUCACUCAUGUGUCCUCAGAGGAUACAGGUCUCACAGAAGAAAAGCCAUUCUUUUCACCUCACAAGCCAUUUUUCAAGAAACAUCACGACUACUUUCACCACCCAGUUCCCAUUUACAAGCCAAAACCUCACCCCGUUCCAGUUUACAUUCCAAAACCUCACCCCGUUCCAGUUUACAUUCCAAAACCUCACCCCGUUCCAGUUUACAUCCCUAAACCCCAUCCUAUUCCAAUUUACAAGCCUAAACCUCAUCCAGUUCCUAUUCCUAUUUACAAACCUAAACCUCACCCUAUUCCAAUUUACAAGCCUGAACCAAAGCCUGAGCCAAAGCCCGAACCAAAACCAAAGCCUGAGCCAAAGCCCGAACCAAAACCAAAGCCAGAACCUAAGCCUGAGCCAAAGCCCGAACCAAAACCAAAGCCUGAGCCAAAGCCCGAACCAAAACCAAAGCCAGAACCUAAGCCUGAGCCAAAGCCCGAACCAAAACCAAAGCCAGAGCCAAAGCCUGAACCAAAACCAGAGCCAAAACCCGAACCAAAGCCUGAGCCAAAGCCUGAACCGAAACCCAAACCAUAUGUUCCAAUUUACAAGCCACAUCCCCAUCCCUUCUUUAAGAAGCCGAAGUACCAUCAUCCAUUGGGCCCAAUCUUCCAUCAUCCAAAGAAGCCAGGCCCUCCCCUCGCUCCCUAGUUGACCCCUAGCUUGAUUAUGAUAUGGCGCAAUGUUCCUUUUCUUAGCUUGUAGUACUAUUGCAAAUAAAGGCUUUUAAUGGUUGAAAGUGAAGUUAUGACAAGUGAGCGGGUAAAGCACAAGAUUGUGGUUGUUACUCAUUACUUGUUAGAGUGUGUAAGGAUUAGUAGUUAUGCAUGUGAAAUUAAAUUUAUGGUGCUAUAUAUAUACUUGCUAUUUUAGAUUCAUUUGUCAUCAAUGGCAAUAUGUACGGUUAUGAUCAUUGCAAGAGAAUUUCGAAUUAUUUAUGUUCAGAAUUCAGACUCUAAAAAAAAAAUUGUACGGUUGCAUUAA